CGAGAUGGCUCUCACAGUAUCGGUCAGAGCUCCAGUAGAGCCGGCCGCGUUCAUCGUGUGCGACGACGCGUACACGCGCUCCAUCUGGGGCAACAACUUCUGGCUGUGCUUCUGGGUCAUCCUGCAAGCGGCCGAGCUGCACCUGCGCUACUUCGUGUUCAACACCAACCACCUGAUGCCGUUCGAGUGCACGCCCAUGCUCAUGACGACGUUCCGCGUGCCCGACGUGAUGCACUGCCAGCUGACCGGGCUGCACGAGUGCGAGUGCAGCGAGGACGAGACCGACAUCGACUUCGACGUGGAGCAGCGGCAGGCCGUGCGCGUCGACGACUACGUGCGCCGCCUCUACUACAACACGCCCGACCUCAACCUCUCCGACGAGCGCACGGGCCGCACCGUCUCCCUCAUCAAGGACAUGCCCGACACGCAGAUCUGGAACCCGUGGGACGGCCGCGAGCCCAUGCUGUGCUUCUACACGCAGGUCGUCGAGGAGGUGGAUUUCGACCCUGACGACUACCUCAACAUGCUCCGCAUUUCGUGCGGCCACGUGCGGAAACCCAUCACGCUCAACCCCAACGAGUACUUCGUGGGCCACAUGGUGAUCAAAGUGGACAAGCCGCGCCAGGAGCACCUCAAGAAGGAGGGCAAGGCGCGCACGUCGCGGGUGCUGCCCGACCUGCCGCGCGACGUGGCCUUCAGCCUGCCGCGGCUGCCGCGCUUCAGCACCCUCCUCGUGCCCGGGCUGCGCGACGCCACGGCGCGCUCCCAGUACGCCAGCCCCUCGCUCACCGACAUCCCCUACAUGGUGGCCGAGGAGAUCUUCACGCACGUCACCAAGAAGGACGUCCCGUACAUGAUGGCGGAGGACGCGGUGGCGCGGGUCACCGACGACGAAGUGCCCUACAAGCUGGCGGAAGAAAUUGUCUCGCAAGUUACCAAUAAA